GUAAGUGAGCGGAGGGCACAGACUGAACAUGGUGACCUGUAGCAUGAGAUGUACGGAGGAGCGGCUGCUGGGAGCGCCAUUAGACUCCGGCAAAAGGAAAAGGGACAGUGUAUCCCCGGGGGACGCCACACCGGGUGACAGAGGAGAGGGGACCAAGAGAGCCAAGUAUUCCCGGCACAGGAAGCAGAGACUGGAGCUGAGGAGCUGCGAUUCCGGGGUGGCCGAUCUGUAUGAGACUCCGAGCCCUUCCCCAGUCGCCCCCUGUCCGACCUAUGAGCCCUGGGACACCUGCCCCCCCAUGUCCGAUAGACUCGGCCUGCAGAGCUUCCGGGACUAUGGGGAGGGCUGCUACCUGUUCAACAAAAGCCUGGAAGACAAGUUCCUUACAGUGGAUUGCUUGGCUCAUCAGCCCCAGAUAAAGGCAGAGUCUCGCUGUAGACUCAUCAGCUGGCUGAUCCCUGUACACCGACACCUUAAACUUGGCUUUGAAUCCCUUUGCCUCGCAGUCAGUAUCUUGGACAGAUUCCUCGCCUGCACGCCAGUUGCAUCCGACUGCUUCCAGCUUGUGGGUGUCACUUCUCUCCUUAUUGCAUGCAAGCAGGUGGAGACCCGGCCCCCACGUGUGAAACAGCUGCUCGCUCUGUGCUGUGAUGCUUUUUCCAGGGAGCAGUUGUGCAAUUUGGAGUGCAUCAUCCUUCUCAAGCUGCACUUCCGACUUGGAGCCCCCACUAUAAACUUCUUUCUGCAGCACUUCUCUCUUCUGAGAGUGACCAGUAUGGAAUCCUCUGACACCGAGCUGAGUGAAGCCACCAAGUCCCUAACUGUUGCUAGAGGCAUUGCAGAACUGAGCCUGGCAGAUUAUGCUUUCAACUCCUACCCUCCAUCCCUCAUGGCUGUGUGUUGCCUGGAAAUAGCUGAGCGUAUGCUGUGCCACAGGAACCCAAUCAGUGUGCGGGUCAGUGGCUAUCAGGAGAGCUUAAUACAGGAGUGUGUGGGCAAGAUAGACUUACUUGUCUCCUUAAACCAAGACUCCUUGCAUCGCCUGCUGCCAAGUCAGUUUGCUGUCAGGAGUAUCAAAGUGGAAAACUGAGCUGAUGGGACUCUCUUUACCUUCUGAGACUGAUUUCCAUUUUGUGUGAAGCUAAAGCUAAACCUUAGCAAGCUAACAUGACCCUCUUAGUAAAGUGCUGCUAUGUGUUCCUCAAGGAUAAUUUAACCAUUUCAGGGGCAUUAAUACAAUGAAGUACUUAUAUCAUAAAUAUUAAUUGAAGGUAUCCUCGUCUAGCAGUAUUGCCUUUUAACUAAAGACUUGAAUUUGUUGUUUUUUAAUGCAACUAGCUUAAUUUAUUUUUAGUGCAAUAUUUAUAUUCUAAACUUUACUAGAAACUAAAUGUUUUACUGCUGUUGUGUUUAAUAAUGGUUUGCACUGAUAACCUUUGGUUACGCCACUCUGUGUUAUUUGUAUAUACUGUACAUAAUCUGGUACAUGCGCUGCGUUGGCUUAUGAGCGGCCAGGAGGUGCUGAUAUGGAUAUGAAGAUUGUUCUACUUGAUUAAAAUGUUUAACAUG